UACAAGAAAGAUAAGGAUGGGCAGUUCUUCUGGAAGGUGUGUGCUUCGCCAUGUGUUAGAAAGAAACAAGUAAAGUUUGUUUUUAGUCAGUUAUCGUCGUGUUUUCGGGAUUCAUUUCACGUUUUUUGAGCCGAGUACCUUUGCAAACGUCAACCGUUACUUUUUAAAAAACGUACGAACGAACGUACUAUUUUUAAAUUCGACUGCACGAGACCCUUCGGUUGGUUUUCAAAGAAGCGAGCCUUUGUCAGCGCACAGGAUCGACUUUAGUAUUUAAAAACAACGUAUCCUCGAAGCGUGAAGGAGUGUGGAUACCUUUUCCUGACUUUUAGAAGUUCUUUUUUGGGUACACUACUUUCCCCGUAGCCAUGGAGAGGAACGGCAGUCAAUCAGCAACGCGGACACAUCCGUUUUAUCAUGAGUUGAAGAUGACCCGUGCGCAGAGGAUAAGGGGUAUCAUCCUGGGCAGCGUCCUCUUCCCUCUUCGCAUCAUCCUGACGGCCCUCCUCUUCCUCAUGAUGUGGCCCCUGUCGCGGCUCCGAUCCGCCGGCCUGUCUGCGGAGGAGCGCUCUCGGCCCAUCACGGGAUGGCGGCACUGGCUCCUCCACCCGAUCAUCUUGUUUCUGAGCCGAUCCGCCUUCUUCUGCCUGGGCUUCCUGUGGACGAAGGUCAAAGGUCGCCGGGCGGACUUGAAGGAGGCACCGGUGCUGGUGGUGGCACCCCACAGCGGCUUUCUGGACAUGGUGGUUCUGAUGCAGACGGAGCUGGCUACGGUGGUGUCGCGGUCAGAGAACACAAGCCUGCCCGUUGUAGGAGCCCUGCUGGAGUUCAACCAGUCAGUAAUGGUGAGCAGGAAGGAUCCGGAGUCGAGGAGAAAGGCGGUCGCUCAGGUGACAGAGAGGCUGACCUCCGGCGGCUACUGGCCUCAGAUGCUGAUGUUUCCUGAGGGAACCACGACUAACGGCAGCUGCUUAAUCAAAUUCAAACCUGGUGCCUUCCUCGCGGGCGUCCCUGUCCAACCGGUUCUGUUGCGUUACCCCAACAAGCUGGAUAGUGUUCGGUGGACGUACAAAGGAACGACCUGGGUGGAGACCCUCUGGUACACAACUUCUCAGUUCUACACAAACAGCACUGUUGAGUUCCUGCCAGUUUACACCCCAUCUGAGGAGGAGAAGAGAGACCCCAACCUGUACGCAGACAAUGUGCAGAAACUCAUGGCCAAGGCCCUGGGGGUGCCGUCCACAGAAUAUGUGAUGGAGGGCCGAGUGCCUGUCAAUAAGGUGGGGGGCCUGUCCCUCCCAAUCGAUUCCCCUGCCAGGGAAAUGCUCUCGCUGUUGCACAAAAACAGUCUGGAAGCACAUGAAGUGGAAGCAGCGCUCGACAGAAUGAUUGACAGGUGUCAGUCAGGGGCUCAGGGGUCAAAGUGCAGCACCGAGGAGCUCGCCUCCAUCCUCGGGCUGACGGACGGACAGACAGCCGGCACCAUCUGCAGCCUGUACUCCAAGGAUGAAUCUGUGGACCUGAGGCAGAUCUAUUUAAGUGUUGCCGCUCUGUCAGGAUGUGUCAGCUUCAGCUCACUGCUGCACACGGCUUUUACUCUGUUUGACACAGAGGGCACAGGCAGUCUGAGUGCAGAGCAGCUGUCAGGCCUCAUGGGGGCGCUGCUGGGAUUCCCUCAGCAUCGCACUGCAGAGCUCUACACUCAGGCCUCCGAUGAAGGCCAGCUAACUGAAGAAAAUCUGCUGCGAGUGCUGACGACCCACCCAACCUAUCAGAGGGUGGUGAAGGAGUACCUGCAGCCCGAGGAGGCGGGCUCUCAGCUGGCCAACGGGAAGGCCGGGAACAACAACAGGAACAUGCAAAACGGCAACAGAUCCGUCCACUCCAAGAAGUUUGAAUAGGCAAUAACACAAAAUAGGAUGUUUAGUUUGGUGUGUGUGUGUGUGUGUGUGUGUGUGUGUGUGUGUGUGUGUGUGUGUGUGUGUGUGUGUGUGUGUGUGUGUGUGUGUGUGUGUGUGUGUGUGUGUGUGUGUGUGUGUGUGUGUGUGUGUGUGUGUGUGUGUGUGUGUGUGUGUGUGUGUGUGUGUGUGUUUUAAAUCUAUAUUAUAGCAACCAUACUUGCAAAACCAAAGAAUGACCUACAUUAUGAAUACAGGUGUGCGUGUGUGUGACAUUCGUGUUUACGGUGUACGUGCGUGUGUGUGACGUUCGUGUUUACGGUGUAUAUUCCACAAUAACCCAAGAGAAACACGUGUUGGUCCAAACCCUCUGUGAUGUUGAAGCCAUAAAAUGUCUUAUUUAUAGAACUCCUUCCUGUGUACAUUGAAUGUUUUUAUAGCGGGGACAGUGGUACGUGUAAAAAGAGACUCUGUAAAUCAAACGUUUAUUUUGUGUAAUUCUUACGUCUGUUAGUCUGAAUACUGUUUUAUAUUUAACAAAUAAUUAAACUGUGAAUUAUUUUUA